AGAAUCGUCCAAAGGUUAUGCUAUCUUCCGCGCUUAAUGAUUCAGCACAUUUCAGCAAUUCUUCAACUCCGCCUUCGAGUAAUCAUCAAAGAUUUAAAGAUCUUUUAAUAUUUGAGGAAAGACUUAAACAAAAUUUACAUCAAUUACAGAGAAGAAGUUACAAAUAUGAAGGUGACAAUGAGUUAUUGUUAAAAUAA